AUGAGCCUUUCAUCGCACAACUUCAAUCUAUCUGCUGCUUCUAAGCCCAGUCCCAUAGAAGGGAACAGGCUCAGUCUCAAAGAGCAGGACAGACUAAACGAAGCUGCGAAAGUACGCGUUGCAAAGAUCUUAGGCGUAACACGGAAUAUGAUCGAUCUCACAGACGACGAGCCUCCGAAGAAAAUGGCCCGUCUUGAGAACAACAGUCGUACGGAAUUUAGACACAGUAACCCUCCAUCUCAUCGUCCGCGCCUCUCGGAUCGUCCGCCUAUUCCUGGCACUGCUAUCCAAAGCGAUACGCAAGGUCUCGUUAUUUAUCAGGCUCCGAACCAAAUCAACAAUCCUUAUGCCAGUCCUCAAACAAUGCAAGCACAAGGUUUUGAUCCUCUGGCUCCAAAUCAACACAGUGCCCCUUAUAUGAGCCCCCAGGUUGUUCAGACGCAAGGGCCCAAUACUAUGGCUCCUCCAUCAACAGACCUCGCUCACCCUGUCGAUCUGCUCAACAACAUAUCUCUAUCAGUCGCCUCGUUGGAACUAUUUCAGCUACAGCAGAUUCUGUCCACGGCAGCACUGAGACAUCCAGACGUGUUGGAACACCUUCGCACCUCUUUUAGGAUCCAGGAGACGGAUAGAAGCACUGCACACCAAGCGCUGUUUGAUCUCUUGCGCGUACAGUCGCAAGGAGAAAUCCGGGUUGCGAGACUACAGGAUGAGCGUUCGAGAAAAGGUUUCAUGUACACUGCUAGUCCUUAUGGGCCACCAUCGCAUGAAGUUGCUGGUGCCCCAGCGUAUGCUGCUAGCUCUUAUGGUCCAUCGCCGCCUAAUGCUUCUGUACCAUCGCAUUAUCCUGCUUCCGUUGCUAUUGUACCAACACAAGCACAUCAUCCAGCAUCCAGCCAUGCAGACUUCCCGCCUCAGGUAGUGCCAACCAACCGAAGAUAA